AAAAGCACAAAGCAUAAUGUAGUUAAAACUCAUCUCCGUGUUUCCUCCGCCAGAGAGCGUUGUUCAGCCUCGAGCGUCAGCAGCGCGCUUCUGCGCAUGCGUGUCGUGACAACACAGAAGAUAGCCAGGAAAAGGGACCGUCGUUGUGUUGUUUUGAGUGCAACACCAGAGGGAUGUCGCAAUCUGUUUACCACCACUAAGAUCUGCAUUGUGUGACUGACAGUAAGUUACUGUGACUGUACAGUUGUUUGUGGGCACAAUGUCUGCAGGCUGUCCUCCACAGUCUCCAGCUGUGGCUAAGACCGAAGUGCUGGUUGAUGACUGGUGUCCCAUGCUGGCAGCGACCUUUGCCUACUGGGACAACAUCCUGGGACCCCGUGUGCGGCACAUCUGGGCCCCCAGAGGUCAGGGGUUGUCGCUGCUUAGUGACGGAGAGGUAACAUUUCUGGCCAAUCACACGCUUAAUGGCGAGAUUUUGCGCAGUGCUGAGAGCGGUGCGGUGGAUGUCAAGUUCUUCGUCCUGGCAGAAAAGGGAGUCAUCAUUGUGUCGCUGAUCUUUGAUGGGGAACUCAAAGGGGAUAAGAACACUUGCGCUCUGUCAAUCAUUUUGCCGCAGUCAGAGCUGAGCUUCUACCUGCCUCUGCACAGCGUGUGUGUGGAAAGACUCAAACACAUCAUCCGCAAGGGACGCAUCUGCAUGCAGAAGGGUCACAGCAUUAUCUCUAUGUUGUCAUCUGAGAUUGUUCCUAUAAUGGAACUUCUCACGUCUAUGAAGAAACACAGCGUACCUGAGGAGGUGGAUAUAAAGGACACUGUGCUCAAUGACGAUGAUAUUGGAGACAGCUGUCAUGAAGACUUUUUGCACAAGGCUAUCAGCUCUCAUCUUCAGACCUGUGGCUGUUCUGUGGUGGUUGGUAGCAAUCCUGAGAAAGUCAAUAAGAUUGUGCUCACGCUGUGUCUGUUCCUCACCCCCGCCGAGAGAAAGUGCUCUCGAUUGUGUCACUCGGACGGUUUGUUCAAAUAUGACACUGGCCUGUUUGUUCAGGGUCUCCUUAAGGACUCCACAGGGAGUUUUGUGUUGCCCUUUCGGCAGGUGCUGUACGCUCCCUAUCCAACCACCCACAUUGAUGUGGACAUUAACACGGUGAAGCAGAUGCCCCCCUGCCACGAGCACAUGUACCAUCAACGGCGCUACAUGCGUGCUGAGCUCAGUGCCCUCUGGAGGGCUGCCAGUGAGAAUGACAUCAGUCCAGACAACCUCAUCAACGCCCAGGACACCUACACCCCAGACCUGAAUGUAUUUCAGGACGUGAUGCAUAAAGACACACUUGUGAAGUCCUUCAUAGAUGAGGUAUUUCUAUUAAAACCAGGCCUGUCUCUGAGGAGUGUGUACUUGUCCCACUUCCUUCUUCUGCUACACAGGAAGGCCUUGACAUUACUCCGAUAUAUUGAGGAUGAGACGCAGAAGGGGAAGAAACCCUUUAAAUCUCUACGCAAUCUAAAAACUGAUUUGGACCUGACGGUGGAGGGAGACUUGAACAUCAUCAUGGCGAUGGCGGAGAAGCUACGGGCAGGCCUUCACUCCUUUGUUUUUGGGAAGUCUUUUCUUACCAGCGUGCAGGAGCGUGAUCUCCUCAUGAGCUUCUGACUUUUGCUAUAGAUGAUGUCAUCAGGUCACCUGACUCUCUCAGCAGACUCACAUUUUUAUUUAGUAUGUGCUUUUUGUGCACAAAACUCUCGAAAAUGUGCUGGUAAAUUUGUUUGGUUUGUUAUGAUAGCUGCGUUUGAAAUGUUAAUUGGAAUAAAUCUGCUGUAAGUGAAUGAUAAUCUGCUUACUGAAGCUGGCAAAUUCUUGUUUGUGUACAAAAGCUUUAACACUGUUGAUGAUUAUGAGAUUCUUGGCUCUAGUUGAGUCUUUUUCAUUUAGACACAUACAUGACAUAAAGAAUGUGUUUGAUAAACAGUAAAUAACUUUUUGAUUUAUAAUUUAUAGAUUUCUUUACCACACCACACACUGACAGCAUUGAUAUCUGCUUAAUAGCAUGAUAUAGCAGCAUAUGCCAAUCACUUAUAUUAUACAAGUACAUUUGAAUGGUUUUUUAACAAAGUAGCCCAUUUAAGGUUUAAUCUCUUUAUUGUGCACUGCUUCCUUGUUAAAAAUGAAAUAGUCUUUCUUUUUUAAAGAAUUGAACUGACAGAUCUGUUACUUCCUAAAACUCUAAAAUGUAAUUAGGAAACUUUUCUUGUUCCUUAUUUUGACUCUAAAGCAGAGAUUGUCAACCCUUAGCUGUCAACAAGUCAUCUCGACACACUCCUGAGGUGGCAACACUUACCUCCGUUAUGCGUCAUGAGAUACCCAAGGUGACAAAGCAUCAUUUAAGUGCAAACAAUGAAUGGACACCGCCGACCAAUGACUGCUUUGAGUGUCCGUGUCCGGCAACAAAAAAGGUCCGAAGACAUGAUUGGCAAAGCCAACACCUGAACGUCCGAGUGAAACUUUUCGCCAGCUGCACUUAGAAAGAUUUAAAGGGGACAGAGAAUGAAAAACCAUUUUUACCUUGUCUUUGUUGAAUAAUGGUAGUCUACCCACAUUCACAAACAUACAAAAAGUGCUAAACAUGCUAAACAUCUCAGUCUCAUAGAAAUUCCUCUUUUAGAAAUGUCAGCCAGAAAACAGCCCAAUCUGAAAAACUGAUGCUUAUGACAUCACAGGCAUCUAACUGCCCUUCCACUUUAAAAUAAUUGGCUACAUUUUUUGAGUGGCAGCAAAGUCAGCCAAUCAGUAAUGAGAUUGCAAGUUAAGCCAGUAGGGGGAGCCAAAUAGGUGCAAAACCACUUGUUUAAAAUCCCCCACCCUAAUAGAGCUAUCUGAAAGAGGUUUUUAGGAAGCUUCUAAGGCAUUACAGACCCAAACUAAAAAAAUUUUGUCUACAUGUCACAUCACAGAACAAGGAUAAAUACUCCGUUCAAUCAUUCUAUGUCACCUUUAAAGAUAAAAGCUCAGAAAGAAUGACAAAAAGCUGCUCGUCUUACCAAAAAGGGUCUGGACUGCAAGAUCUUUGUCGACAGGACAGACUUUAGUCUUUGCAGUUAUUUCAAACAUCUGGAUGAUAUUUAAUACUCCUACAUAUAUGGAAGACCUGUUUUAAAAAGCAAGAGGAAUGUUUGCAAUUACUUCCUUUUAUUGUAAAUAAAUGUAUAUACUAUAUG